AUGGCGUCGUUUUGGCGGCAGUUGCCGCGGCCCUUUUACUGCGUGGCACCGAUGGCCAACGUCACGGACGUUGCCUUCCGCGCCGCCAUCACAGAGCUUGGCAAGCCACACGUCAUGUGGACCGAGUUUGUCAGCUGCGAAGCGCUCAUGUCAUCGACAGCGCGCACACGCGAGAAGAUGCUGACGGCGCUUAAGUACGCGCCAAGCGAGCGACCUAUCGUCGCACAGCUGUUUGGCUCCAAGCCCGACCAGUUCCGCGAGUGCGCCAAGAUUGUUCGCGACUUGGGUUUUGAUGGCAUCGACAUUAACAUGGGCUGCCCUGAGAAGAACGUUAACAAGCAAGGCAGUGGCGCGGCCUUGAUUGGCGAUCCGGUCAACGCCCAGGCGAUUGUUCGAGCGUGUCAAGAGAGUGGCCUCCCCGUCUCCGUCAAGACGCGCAUUGGUCUUGAAACCAUUGACUACCACGACUGGAUCAACUACAUCCUGGACACGGAGCCCGACGCCUUGACGGUGCAUGGCCGGACGCGCAAGGAGAUGUCGCUUGUGCCAGCGCACUGGGACGUCAUUGGCGACAUUGUCCACUUGGUGCGGGACAAGCGGCAGUCGAACGUCAUCUUGAUCGGCAAUGGAGACGUCUCGUCGCUGGACGAUGCCAACGAAAAGGUCGCGUUGUAUGGCGUCGACGGUAUUAUGGUCGGACGCGCCCUCUUUGGCAACCCGUGGUUCUUUCAAGGCCCAACAUUGCUCUCCGAGCGCAGCACCGAGGAGCGGCUACUGGGCAUGAUCCGCCACACACAAAUCUUCGAGCGCGUUGUCUAG